AUGAAGCACGUGCUCAGGUCCAAGAGUUUGCAAAGAAGUAAGCCAAGGACGCCAACAGCCUCCAGCUUCUCCUUGUCGCCGAAGUCGCUGCGCACCAGACCAGAAGAGAGGACGAAGGGGGAUGCACCGCCACUCAGGCUCAAAGCUCUGUACUGCACGCCGCACAUGAAGGUUCCUGGCAUCUUAUUUGCCUGUCCUCUGCUGAUGACCUUCAAGCCAGAUCCAGAUGAUCAGCACGUGAAGGAGUUCGGCGAAGAGCUCUACACCGUGACUUUGGAGGUGCAAGACAUCCUACAAUGCGGGGGCAUCACCAUGCCGCUGUCGGAUGGCAAGGACUUGUCCUACUUCUUACAGCUGCAGAUCAGGACGCUGAAUGGCAAGCAUUUCCGGCUGCAGGAGGACGUCGUGGACCCCUGGUUUGUGGUGUUUAGCUUGGUGGACAAACGGGAUCUGAACCAGGUCACCUCGUUGCUGUUGGAAGCCAAGAAGGCCAAGGCAAGCAGCAGCGCUUGUCCAAGUUCCACGCAGACCUCCGUGCCUUUUCCGUGUCUGGACUGCAUGGCCGAGCUCGAGCACGUCCUCCACCAUCACCAGUUGCAGCAACAGUUGGCAAAGGAGAGGUCUCCCUCGACGACUGCGCGCUUGUUCGCGAACUGGACAAAAUUUCUAAGUGGGCCUGGUGAAGCCACCAAGACCUCGCAAGAAGUGGACGUCCGCAGCGAUCCAGGUUCUCCGGUCAAUGUUGAGAAGGUCGCACUGCGGCUCCCUGAGAAUCUCGAGUCCGCCCUGCUCACCAAAGACCUGGCGGAGGCACUGAUGGACUUCUUGCCCGUGAGCUUGCGAUUGCCCGGGCUGGUCGAGUGGGUGCUGCGGUACACACCGAAGGCGCACGGCGUGUCCCUGUCGACAAUGUUCCGGAACAUGGCAGAGCGGGACAAGACCAUCGUGAUCAUUCAGGACACAGAGGACUUCGUCUUUGGAGGUUUCGCCACUUCGGCCUGGGAGCCGGCUGGGAGGUUCUACGGGUCCGGCGAGGCUUUCGUGUUCUCGUUCGGGCGCAAGACUGAAAAGCCCGCAGAGGUUCAAUUCUUCCCCUGGUCUUCGGAAAACGCGUGCUGCAUGUACGCGGACAAGUCCAUGUUUGGAAUGGGAGGUGGAGAAGGACCUUGUUGCCACAUCCAAUUCAGUUAG